AUGGCCGAGACCCAGGUGCCCGAGGUGCUGCAGGAGGUCACGGUGGGCUCCGAAACGCCCCCGGCCACCCCCGAAGGAGCCCCGGGCUGGGUCUGGGGGGGGCCCGGCCCGGACACGGAGGAGGAGGAAGAGGAGGAGGAGGAAGAGCGGGCGCGACCCCUCCUGAGGCUCUGGGGGAACUGGGGGGGGUCCUCAGACGACCCCUCCCGCAGCCCCUCCCCCUCCCCGCACGGCCCCUGCUCCCCGCCCCCUUUUGUCGCCCCCAGCCCCGCAAUUGCCCCGCCGCGCCCCUCCUGCCCCCAGUGCGGCAAAUCCUUCACGUCGGGCUCGUCGCUGAGCCGCCACCUGCGCUCCUCGCACGGGGGCGGGGCCGCGCCGGGCGCACCUGGGCUCACCUUCACCUGCUGGCGCUGCCGCGCGCCCUUCCCGUGCGGGGCGGCGCUGCGGGAGCACCUGGGCGGCGCCGCGGGCUGCCAGCCGCGCCCGCACCGCUGCCGCGCCUGCCCCAAGCGCUUCGCCUCGGCGCGCUCGCUCCGCAAGCACCGGCGCACGCACCGGGACGGGGCCCUGCGCUGCCCCGACUGCGGCAAGACGCUCACGUCGGCGGCCUCGCUGGUCACGCACCGGCGCAUCCACACCGGCGAGCGCCCGUUCCGCUGUCCCGACUGCGGCAUGGCCUUCAUGGCCACCAAGUCGCUGGGCAAGCACCGGCGGGCGCGGCACUCGGGCGGCUUCAUCUGCACCGACUGCGGGCGCAGCCUCUCGUCGCACGCCGCGCUGGUGGCGCACCAGCGCAUCCACACCGGGGAGCGCCCCUACGAGUGCCCCGACUGCGGCAAGGGCUUCGCGGCCGUCAAAUCGCUCAGCAAGCACCGCAAAACCCACCGGGGAGCGGCGGCGGCGGCGGCCGGGCCGUGCGCCGAGUGCGGGGUGGGCAACGCGGCCUGCCCGCACCGGCCGUGGGUCGGUGGGGACAGCCCCGAAGGUGGGGCGGGGGUCCCGGUGAUUACACGGGUGGCUGGGGACAGCCCCGAGGGGGUGCCGGUGUCACCAUGGCUCGUUAGGGACAGCCCCGAGGGUGGGGAGGGGUUCCCAGAGGGUCAGCGACCGCUUAGGGAGAGCCCUGAGUGUGGGGCGGGGGUCCUGCAGCCCCUCAGGGAAAGCCCCUCGCGGGUCCCGGCGUCCCCAUGGCCCCUUGGGGACAGCCGCGAGCGCGGGGCGGGGGUCCCGGUGUCCCCUUGGCUGCUUAGAAACGGCCCCUCGGGGGUCCCGGUGCCCCCUCAGCCCCUCGGGGACAGAAUCUCGGGGGUCCCGGUUCCCGUGCAUCCCCUCGGUCCCGGCCCCUCGGGACUCCCGCGGGUCCCGGUUCCGGUCCAUCCACUCGGUUCCGGCCCCUCGGGGGUCCCGCGGGUCCCGGUUCCCGUGCAUCCCCUCGGUGUCGGCCCCUCGGGGGUCCCGGGGGUCCCGGUUCCCGUGCAUCCCCUCGGUGCCGGCCCCUCGGGGGUCCCGGUUCCGGUCCAUCCCCUCGGUGCCGGCCCCUCGGGGCUCCCGGGGGUCCCAGUUCCGGUCCAUCCCCUCGGUCCCGGCCCCUCGGGGGUCCCGGGGGUCCCGGUUCCGGUCCAUCCCCUCGGUGCCGGCCCCCCGGGGGUGCCGCGGCGGCGCCGCCCCGCGUGCGAGCAGUGCGGGAAGGCGUUCCGGGACGGGGCGGCGCUGCGGCGGCACUGGCGGGUGCACACCGGCGAGAAGCCGUUCGGCUGCCCCGAGUGCGGCAAGAGCUUCCGCGCCAGCUCCAGCCUGGUCAUCCACCGGCGCACGCACACCGGCGAGCGCCCGUACCCCUGCUCGGGCUGCCCCAAGAGCUUCGUGUCCCGCUCGGCGCUCAUGAAGCACCUGCGGACGCACCUGCGCCAGGAGCCGCAGCACUGA